CACGUAUAACCAUUGGCUUAAAUGUCAGGAACAUUCAAAGAUGAAUUUAGUUUGGAAUAGGAAGGCGAAAAUGGAGGUGUUUAAGUAUUUGUUACUUAUAAGUGCAUCUUCGCUGCUGGCAAAUGCUCAGGACAGAAGAUUCAAAGCCGAAUUUUCUGCAAGAAAGAAUCUUCGUGAAGCAAUAAACAAACGCGUCGACCGCGUGUUGGGCCCCGUGGGAUACUGGGACCCUCUUGUCGUCACCUUCGGUAUGACAUUAGACAAGCUUAUGGCUGUGGACAGCAGAAAUCAAGUUAUCACCGUGAACGCAUGGAUUCUACAGACGUGGACACACCCUGUGUUGAAAUGGUCACCAAGGAGACGUAACGUGACCAAAACUCGGUUUAGCAUUGAGGAGGUCUGGGUACCAGAUACUGCUCUCUUCAACAACGGCGAGAAGGCUGUGGCUGGGAGACAAAAGUUCUUUGAAAGCAGUGACGUGAUCAUGACGUAUGAUGGGAAGGCGAAGUGGCGGACAUACGCCACCUUCACUAAUACGUGUAAACUCAACGCUAAAUUCUGGCCCAUGGACGAGCACGUCUGUACGCUAACAUUCUCGUCCAGGAGAUAUACAGCCAGUGAGAUGAAGAUCCAAAGGGAUACCACUAAUGAACAAGCCACGACCGAUCACCUGUCCAACAGCGAAUGGGAUGUUAUCAAGAUCACUGUCAAAACUGGAAAUGUGGACGACUUCAGUGCAAUCAGCUACUCGAUCCAUAUACGCCGCAAGCCGCAGCUCCUGCUGCUGAUGUUUUUCACACCCUCGGCCAUCUUGUUCAUCAUGGGCUUGGUAUUCCUCGCUAUUCCGAGCGAGGGCAACGACAGAGUCGUCUCCGUCACGCUAGUCCUCGUCGCCAAGAUGGCUAUACUUAUGGUGUUGUGUGACUACGUCCCACAUAGCCCCGAAGAGCUGCCAAACAUCGUUGUCCUCGUGGUCGCUUCAAUAGUGUGCAUUGCUGUACUACUUAUCGCGACUAUCAUCAUAAAGAGAGGACCCGCGUGCCUAUGCCCUAAUAAAAAGGCUUUCUUCACGUGCCGCAGCAAAGCAAAGGUUAUUCCGGUUAUGCCAGCAAAAGCGAUGAACUGCGACAUGAAGGGAGUGAAUAAAGACAUAGAGAGAGCUGAGAGCGUUACGACCAUGGAGGUGACGGAUCUCUACAACCCAGAUAAGCUGCCACACGAGUUCGCUAGAGAAAAGGACAAAACUAUCAAGGCCGCCUCUCAAAAGUAAACAGACAGACGCAUAGAUGGUCUGGUAGACACAAAGAUUAACUGGCAGACACAGAGAUGGACUGGCAGACACAAAGAUGGUCUGGCAGACACAUAGAUGGUCUGGCAGACACAUAGAUGGACU